UAUCGACGAGAACCGGCCAGCUCGCAUAAUGAGAGAGGAUUUGAGGUGGACGUUUUAGAGGUCUUUCUCAGAGCAAAGACUGCAAGAGAGUGGAAGAAGAGAGCACGAACCAUGGCCACAGCUCUCUUCCACACCAAUUUUCAUCUCCUCCUGAAAAGAACCCACUUUCGUAACAAACACAUCUCCAAUUCCCGCCCUUCUUACUCCAUUAAAGCUACAAAGAUGGAGGGAAGCCCAGUUGCAGAGAACGAAAAAACAAAUGUAAAUGAGAGAAAGAAAAUCUUCGUUGCCGGGGCUACCGGAAGCACCGGAAAGAGAAUUGUGGAGCAGCUGCUAGCCAAGGGUUUUGCGGUUAAAGCUGGAGUACUCGAUUUAGAUAAAGCAAAAACCAGUCUUUCUGAAAACCCAGCUUUGCAAAUUGUGAAGGCUGAUGUAACAGAGGGUCCAACAAAGCUAGCAGAAGCCAUAGGUGAUGAUGCAGAAGCUGUAAUUUGUGCUACUGGUUUUCGACCUUCAUGGGAUUUAUUGGCUCCCUGGAAGGUGGAUAAUUUUGGGACUAUAAACCUUGUUGAAGCAUGCCGUAAAAGUGGUGUUAAUAGAUUCAUUCUUAUCAGUUCUCUUUUAGUCAAUGGAGCUGCAAUGGGGCAAAUACUUAAUCCAGCUUACAUCUUUCUAAAUGUAUUUGGACUUACAUUGAUCGCAAAGUUGCAGGCAGAGAACUAUAUCAGGAGAUCUGGUAUAAACUAUACCAUAAUAAGGCCUGGUGGAUUGAGAAAUGAUCCCCCAAGUGGAAAUAUAGUCAUGGAGCCUGAGGAUACUCUUUAUGAAGGCUCUAUAUCCAGAGAUCUAGUUGCAGAAGUUGCUGUUGAGGCGUUGCUCCACCCAGAAUCUUAUUACAAAGUUGUGGAAAUAGUUUCUCGACCUGAAGCUCCUAAACGUUCUUAUGGGGAUUUGUUCAGUUCUAUAAAGCAACACUGAUCGAUCUCUCUCCCACUCUACAAUCAUAUGCCAAUUAUUUUAUUUAUUUGUAUUCCUGAUUUUUGAACUAAAGCGAAUUAGUACAAGAUUCAUUGCUCGCAUUGGAAUUUAAUUUACUGUGAUGUGAUCUAGAUGCAGAGAACAGCGGUCUGGUACUUUGGAAGAAUGUUUUUAAUGGAUGGUGAUGGAACACGUUUGUAUGAAAAAUCAGACCAUGCUUCACCAAAACAAGAAUCUCAUGACACGCCCAUUUACAAAAAUAAUUUGAGAGUUCAAACUAAACAUUCACAAGAAGUCAAGCAUAUGGAAGGAUAAAAUUCAAAAGAACCAAGCAACCAGAGAAGCCAUGGCUGCGAUAGCGACAGAUGCACACAGAGCUACUCCAGCAUUCUCCAUGGCUGGUGAUGGGGCAAUCUCUCCAACAUCUUCAACUGCAACACUGACCCCAAAAGUGGCAAAUGCUAUCAGAACCAUAAUAUAGAUGGUGAAUACCAACGACAACUUGCGACCCUCCAUUUCUGACUAAGCUUUCUGGUUAUUAGAGAGGAGAAACUGAUUGUGUAGAUAACUGCUGAUUGCAUUUAAAGAAGGCUUGGAGUGAAGAAUCUGCCAAUUCUUUCUAUGUUGGCAUAACCACAAGCAUAAUUAUUUUAGGUCGUAGGUUGUCAAUAUAUUUUACACAUCUUAAACUUUUCCACCAGCCAACAGGCUGGAACCUGUCUUACUACAGUCCAAAAGCAUUGGAGUAAAUAUAUUUCUAACUUCUGGUUUAUGUGUCAAGUACAGAGAAUCUUACCAAGAAAAAAAAAAGCACAGAGAAGCAAAGCAAAGAGAUGCCAUGAUAUUUAAUAUAGGAGGUGUUUUUUUUGACACUAUGAGUUGCAAGGUUGUGGUUGUAAAAUUAGGACUAGCUGCCCCAUUGUGAAGUUGUUGACAUUCUGCUGUUCCAAUUCUUGGGAAUUAUUUUCAACUUCCCUCUUACAAGUUUUUAUGCAUAUACUUAUAUGCCUUCACAUUA